UCGGUACGCUCCGUAGCACGCAGUUCCACAACGUGCAAGCAGCGAAGUGAGAAUUGUGUCUGUGUGAAUAGCUCAAACUGCCUCUCGUUGCGACUCGUUGAACAGACAAUGGCAGAAAGUCAAGAAGAGAUGUCUCCACUGGAGGUGAAAGUGGCACGACAAGUAGAGUACUACUUUGGGGAUCACAAUCUUCCAAGAGACCGGUUUCUGAAAGAGCAGCUGCAGCUCGAUGAUGGCUGGGUGGCUCUGGAGACGAUGCUUAAAUUCAACAGAUUGAAGUCUUUAACCACAGACAGCAGCGUCGUUAUUGCAGCUCUGCAGAAGUCCAAGACUGGUCUCUUGGAAAUCAGCGAAGACAUGACGAAGAUCAGGAGGUCCCUGAACAAGCCCUUACCCGAACUGAACGAUGAAUAUAAAGACACACUUAAACAAAAAUCUGUGUACAUUAAAGGUUUUCCUCUUGAAACGACCCUUGAUGAGAUUCUGGAGUGGCUGAAUGGGAAAGGCCCCGUAGAAAACAUUCAGAUGAGGAGAAACCUCCAAAGGCGGUUUAAAGGAUCUGUGUUUAUCUGUUUUGACACUGAAGAGUCGGCUAAGCAGUUCCUGGAACGCUCGGACAUAAAAUCAUUCAAAGACAAUGAGAUGCUUGUGUUAUCAAGAGAAGCCUACCAUGCAAAGAAAGCAGAAGAGAGGAAACAGUUUAAAGCAGAGACAAAAGCAAAAGCUAAGCAGGAGAAGGAACAUCAGCAAAAACACGCAGAAGAAAAAGAAAUGGAUCUGCUUUUGGAUGAACACUCAGGGCGUUUACUGAAGUUUUCAGGAGAGCUUGAAGAUGUUUCAAGAGAGGACUUUCAUAUAUUGUUCUCUGGGCAUGGAAGGAUAAAGUGGGUUGACUUCACAAGAGGGGCAAAAGAGGGCACCCUUCUGUUUGAUGGGAAAGCACAGGAAGCGUUUGAUAAAGCCAAAGCAGCACACGGAGAGGACCUGAAAAUCAAGGACAACAGUGUCACAUGGCAGUUGGUUGAAGGAGAUGAGGAGAAGGAAAUAAUGAAGAAGAUAAUCGAAGCUCAACAAGAAUCAUUCAACAAAUCCAGAGGCAGAGGUGGAAGAGGAAAAAGAGGCCGAAGGGGAAGAGGUGGCAGAGAUCAAGGCAGAACUCAGUACCAAGGCAAAAAGACAAAGUUUGAUAGUGAUGAUGAGCAGGAGGAGGCACUUGCAGCUGCACCUGCAAAGAGAGAACUGGAAGAUGCUGCUGAUAGUCCUGCAGCAAAAGUUGCCAAAACUGAAAAUGGAUCUUAAGUUAUGACUUCAACUCAGAAUUUUUCUUUAGUAAAAACAUUUAUUUUAAAUGGCGGGGGAAAAAAAAGGAAAGGAAACCGGAGACAACUUGAGUCCAUUCCAGUGAAAGCUUCAGACUUUGGAGAAUCGUAGGAAGUCCACCUGGAUGUCAACCUGGAGAAAUAUGUUCAAAGCUUGGAAUUAGUUUGCAGCCUUUUAUGUCCCUGAAUACUGUGCCUCUCAUUAAUCGUGUACCUAUGUUUCUCUUUUGAGGAUGCUUUGGUUUUAUCACAUUCAACAUAAACCUGCUUGUAAUUUCACCGAGAUUUUAGUUUAUUUUGUAAGACCUCUGUGGCAUCUUAAUCAUGUGGUGUUAGUCUUCCUACAUUAACUGAUGACAGUAUCUUCGUUGCUAAUUUUUUUUUAAGUUUGCAUAUGUGGACUGCAAAUAAAUCAUUUACCAAAAAAAGGC